GUUCUGUUGCCAGGAUUUGAAGAUGAAUCCUGUCAAAAUGAAAUACGCGGUUCAUUGGGAAACGCACUCCAAGAACCUGACCCGGCAGUUUUGCUCGCUGAUGGAACACCAGAGUUUGGUUGAUGUGCUGAUAUGCUGCGGAAACAACACGAUCCAAGCACACAAGUUCAUUUUGGCUGCCAACAGCCCAUAUCUGAGGGAGGCGCUGGAAAAGACGCCGGACAUCGAGCAAAUCGUGAUAGGCGGCUGCGAUUUUUCCGUCGUCAAAUGUGUAAUCGAAAUCAUGUACUGUGGCCGCACGGUCGUCGGCGACGACUACGUCAAGUACCUGCAGGCUUUGUUCAAGCUAUUCGAGAUGAAAUGCUUGGAAAACGUUUUCGCCGAUCAGCACAACGCGGAAGUAAUAGAACUGCCGGCACCCUCGUUUUUGACCAAGAAACCCAAAUAUCCCACAUAUUCGAUGCCACCUCAAGCGGAUGGCAUUUCGAGUAACCUGAAGGCGGUUAACCUGACGGAGGCGGUCGAAAUGAAACCAUUUUCGGCGAAACGAAAGCUCCGCAAACAGGUCGAGCAGGCUUGCGUGAAGGAGGCACAGGCCAGCCGGCUCGCGUUGGCCAGCUUGCAAAAAGAGAUAGCUAUAGCGCCCCAGGUGAACAGCUUUAUCAUCGAAGACAGCUGCACCGAGACGACGGUGGAGAAUUUCAUCCCACACGGGGGUUACAUCGAGGUGGUUGAUUACAACGGGGCGGCUGUGGAGGCCGCUACGACAAGCAAAUCCUCGGUCAUGACAGAUAAGCUCAAGUACAUCCUGGGGGCGGAGUUGCCGUCCAAUGUGGAGGUGGUGUACAAAGACAGCGACGGUAACCUGGUGAGCGUCACCGACGAGGUGCUGCAGAACCUGUCCACCAAGGAGGGCCUGCAGUACCAGGUGAUCGACGAAGAUGGCCACGUGGGGGAGGUGCGGGAGCUCCACGUUGUCGACAAGCUCGACAAGCUGAUCGAGGGCGUGGAAAUGAUACCCGCCCCCUUCUCUAAACCGCCCCACCUUAUCGGGGAUUUCCUGAUGGAAACAGGGGCAACGUUGUCCGUGAAAGACGGCGAGGUAUCGAUAAAGUCCGAGGUGCAGGACGUGGCCUUCUCACCCGAUAUGUUUUUCGCGGACGUGGUGCCGUCGGGGGACGAUGUCGACGGGGCUCCGGUAGUGGAGGAGGUCGACGUCGGUAGCAACGUCGAGGUGCCCGGCGAAGGAUCUGUUCAUGCGGAAUAACGUCCCGGUGUGUAUUUUUUUUUAUUUCUAGGAAAUAAACGUGUUUUUUCGCUAUGUUGUCCAGUUGUUUUAGUCUGGGUGUUUAUGGACAGACCCCAACAAAAUUCUUGACCAUUAUUGGAUUUAACUAAACCCGGUUUAAAUUGGAAGGAAGCAUGUUUAAUUACAAUUUAUUGAUUUUUAGCCAGUUAUUUCUCUAAACUUCAUUUAAUUUAGUCUGCAUUUGCUAAAAUUGGUUAAGCAUCGGUUCAGUUAAACUCUCAAGAUUUAGGUUUAGUUAAACUGUGCUAAGCUUGCAUGUAAACCUGGUUUAAUGUGGUUAUACUAAAACCUUAAUUUAUUUAAAACGGUUUAAGCUGAAUUUGUUUUAGUUAUAAUCCGAUUUGCUAAUUUUUAUUUAAUUUAUCCGAACCAAGUUAAAUUGGGAUUUGUCAAGCUUGGAGUUACUAAUUGAGUUUGGUUUUAGUUUUGUUAUACUCAUGUUAAGAAGUUUGAUUUAAGAAAACUGAUUCAAGCUAGGCUUUAAAUCCAAAUUUGGUUUAGUUAUAUUCCGAUUUGCUCAUUGUGAUUUAUUAUAUCCCAAUUAAAACUUAUGCUAAUAAAACUGGGAUUUUUCAAACAUGGGCUUAUUAAGGUGAGUUUAGUUUUUAAAAUAAUCACUUCUAAUUUCAGUUUAUUCAGUACCGAAUUUGAUUUUGUUAAACUCAGAGUUAAAUCUGGUUUUCCAUGGUUUUCUAAUUUAAUGACAAUAAUUAAGAUGGCGAUUUUUGUAUACAUUGUA